AUGGCUACUCCCAAGUUAAAAAAACUGCCUAGUAUUAGGGAAAGAGUCGAAGACACUCUUUCUGCUCAUCGCAACGAACUUAUUGCUCUUCUUUCCAGAUAUGUGGCGCAGGGGAAAGGAAUAUUGCAACCCCAUCACCUGAUAGACGAACUGGAUAACAUGACGGCCGAUAAAAUCGGUUGCCAACACCUUAGUGAUGGUCCCUUUGGCGAAGUCCUUAGAACUGCUCAAGAAGCUAUUGUUUUGCCUCCGUUUGUUGCUAUUGCAGUCCGGCCAAGGCCUGGUGUUUGGGAUUUCGUACGUGUUAAUGUUUAUGAACUUAGCGUGGAUCAGUUAACGGUUUCGGAGUAUCUUCAUUUCAAGGAAGAACUAGUUGAUGGACAGGUUGAUGAUCCAUUUGUUCUUGAGCUGGAUUUGGAGCCUUUCAAUGCAUCGUUUCCUCGUCCAACCCGUUCUUCCUCCAUUGGCAACGGGGUUCAGUUUCUUAACCGUCACCUCUCUUCAAUCAUGUUCCGAAAUAAGGACUCGCUCGAGCCAUUGCUUGAUUUCCUUCGAGCACAUAGACACAAAGGGCACAUGUUGAUGUUGAAUGAUAGGAUCCAACGUAUAUCCAAGCUUGAGUCUUCUCUGUCAAAGGCUGAAGAUUAUCUUUCUAAGCUUCCUUCUGAUACGCCUUCUUCAGAAUUUGAAUAUGCGUUGCAAGAAUUGGGCUUUGAGAGGGGUUGGGGUGACACUGCAGGAAGGGUUCUGGAAAUGAUGCAUCUUCUCGGUGACAUCCUUCAAGCACCUGAUCCAUCUACCUUAGAAACAUUCCUGGGUAGAAUUCCGAUGGUGUUUAACGUUGUGAUUUUGUCUGUUCAUGGAUACUUUGGUCAAGCAAAUGUCUUGGGCUUGCCCGACACUGGUGGCCAGAUUGUCUAUAUACUGGAUCAAGUGCGUGCUUUAGAGAAUGAGAUGCUUCUGAGGAUCAAGAAGCAAGGGCUACAAGUCACUCCUCGGAUUCUUAUUGUCACCCGGUUAAUUCCUGAUGCAAAAGGAACCACCUGUAAUCAGAGGUUGGAGAAAGUAAGUGGAACUGAGUACUCGCACAUUCUACGUGUUCCUUUUAGAACUGACAAAGGAAUUCUGCGCAAAUGGAUCUCAAGGUUCGAUGUGUGGCCUUACCUGGAGACUUUUGCAGAGGACGCUAUGCAUGAAAUCACUGCUGAGUUGCAAGGUAAACCAGAUUUUUUUAUUGGCAACUACAGCGAUGGAAAUCUGGUUGCCUCUUUAUUAGCUCACAAGCUUGGAGUUACUCAGUGUACCAUUGCGCAUGCCUUGGAGAAAACAAAAUAUCCGGAUUCAGAUAUAUACUGGAAAAAGUUUGAGGAUAAAUAUCAUUUUUCGUGUCAAUUUACAGCUGAUUUGCUUGCCAUGAAUCACUCAGAUUUUAUAAUUACCAGUACGUACCAAGAGAUUGCUGGAACGAAGAAUACUAUUGGUCAAUAUGAAAGUCACACGUCGUUCACUCUCCCAGGCCUAUAUCGUGUGGUUCACGGCAUCGAUGUUUUUGAUCCCAAAUUCAAUAUAGUUUCGCCUGGUGCAGAUAUGGCAAUUUAUUUCCCUUACUCUGAAACAGAUAAAAGGCUGACUGCACUUCACGGUUCCAUUGAAAAAUUGUUAUUUGACCCCGUGCAAAAUGAUGAGCACAUCGGUACUUUGGAUGAUCCGUCGAAGCCCAUUAUCUUCUCCAUGGCAAGGCUUGAUCGAGUUAAAAACAUCACCGGCUUGGUAGAGUGCUACGCCAAAAAUAAUGAACUGCGAGAAAUAGCGAACCUGGUUGUGGUUGCAGGUUACAAUGAUGUGAAGAAAUCAAAUGACAGGGAAGAAGUUGCAGAAAUAGAGAAGAUGCACAAUCUUAUGAAUCAAUAUAGUUUGGGAGGCCAAUUCCGAUGGUUGUCUGCCCAGACCAACAGGGCACAAAAUGGUGAGCUCUAUCGGUACAUUGCUGACAAAAGGGGAAUUUUUGUUCAGCCAGCAUUUUAUGAAGCCUUUGGGCUUACUGUUGUAGAGGCAAUGACAUGUGGCCUUCCUACGUUCGCAACUUGCCAUGGUGGUCCUAUGGAGAUCAUUGAAGAUGGGGUAUCAGGGUUUCAUAUUGAUCCUUAUCACCCAGAUAAGGACUCGGCACGCAUGUUAGAAUUCUUCAAGCGGUGCAAAGAAGAUCCAAGCUACUGGGAGACAAUUUCUAAAGGAGGGCUGAGGAGGAUUUACGAAAGGUAUACGUGGAAAAUUUAUUCAGAGAGACUGAUGACUUUGGCCGGAGUUUAUGGGUUCUGGAAGUAUGUUUCGAAGCUCGAAAGGCGUGAAAUCAGGCGAUAUUUGGAGAUGUUCUAUAUUCUCAAGCUCCGGGAAUUGGUUAAAUCUGUUCCUUUGGUUGUUGAUGAUCAGCACUAG